AUGGAGCCGAUGGUGAAGAGUGAGGUCAUUCUCUCCAUUUACAUCAUUUCCUUCCUUAUAGGCCUGCCAGCCAACCUCCUGGCUCUCUAUGCCUUCAGUGUCAAGAUCCACUCCAAACCACUUCCAACAGACAUCCUACUACUCAAUCUGACUGUCUCUGACCUGCUCUUCUUGAUCAUCCUUCCUCUCAAGAUGCAUGAGGCAGCAUCAGACAUGAAAUGGAAUCUGCCCAGCUUCCUGUGCUCCGUCACCUCCUUCACCUUCUUCUCAACAAUCUACACCAGCUCCUUGUUGCUAAUGGCAGUCAGUGUGGUUCGCUACAUUGGAGUAGCUUUUCCUAUCACCUAUCACCAACUGCAAAAGCCUGUGUAUGCAAUUGUGAUCAGUGCUGUUAUUUGGCUAAUCUCAGCAGCACACUGCAGCAUCACUUUCAUCACCCAGCACCACCCAUCCCUAUCCAGCAAUAGCUCCUCUGUUUGCUAUGAGAACUUCACAAAGAAGCAACUGGAGGUCCUCCUUCCUGUACGCUUGGAGUUUUUCUUUGUGCUGUGCCUUGUACCUCUUCUCAUUUGUGUUUACUGUUAUUUGCACUGCAUCUUAAUCCUGUACAGCCGCCCCAGAAUAUCCCGAAUGCAGAAGCAGAAGGCCAUCGGCAUGGCCUUGGGGACUUUAGCUGUGUUUCUCAUUUGUGUGGUGCCAUACAAUCUCUCUCAUGUAUUUGGUUACUUCCAGGGUGAGAGCCCAAAAUGGAGGUACUACACCUUGCUGCUUAGCACCUUCAACACCUGUAUUGAUCCCGUCAUCUUCUACUUCUCCUCCUCCAUCUUCCGCUGCACAAGUAAGAAGUCUAUUUUCAGGAAGCGUGGACUCGCUGUUUCAGGAUUACAAAAGCAGGGAACAAGCUCUAGCUAACAGAAAAAUACACUUUCAAUGCUAUGUCCAGCCUCAAGUUAUCAUUGUACUGUAAAUUGCAGACAUUAUCUAUGGA